UAGGUGCACGUGGUCUCAUUUCUUAGCGUCGUCUCCUGUCUUAUGUCAGAUUUGCUUCACUCGAGGACAAAUUACGGGCAAACAUUUUUGUGACAUUUAAAUGGCUGAGAUUAACUCCAAAGAAAGUACGGAAAUGAAGAAAAAGGAGUUAGCAUUGGUGAACAUGGAUGAACUUUCUGAUCCCGAGUUGCUUUUGAAGCAUCCACUUCAAUGCACUUGGACUCUUUGGUAUUUCGAACUAGAUCGAACCAAAAAAUGGGAAGACUGUAAUCACGAGAUUGCUUCUGUCGACACGGCCGAAGACUUCUGGAGUUUGUACAAUCACAUAAAAUCGAUUCCGGAUUUGAGACAAGGGAGCGACUACAGUAUGUUUAAAGAAGGAAUCCGACCGAUGUGGGAGGACCGUGCGAACAUAAAUGGUGGAAGAUGGCUCAUCACUCUCGACAGGAAGCAGAGAUCGACUGAGUUGGACCGCUACUGGCUCGAGACUCUUCUCUGCAUGAUUGGCGAAGGAUUUGACGAAUUUUCCGACGAUGUCUGUGGAGCUGUGGUCAAUGUCAGGCCGCGACAAGAUAAACUUGCUCUCUGGACGGCAAAUGCAACAAACUCAACGAGCAUUAUGGAAAUUGGGCGCAAACUGAAGGAACGAUUGGGAAUAUCGAAAAUGAUGCUAGGCUAUCAAAUUCACAAUGACACGAAGGACAGGACCGGAAGUAUGGCCAAAAACACUUACACACUUUAAAUCGUUCGCGAAAAAAAUUUUCCUAAACUCCGCGAAUCAAGUCGUCGGGCAAUUUGGAAUUUUUGCAAUAUUGUCCCGUCGUUAUUCCUCAUAAGAACCGACUGAGUAAGCCUUAACGAAUUAUAUUUAAUAUAUAAAUCAUAGAAAUAUAUCUAAGAAGUGACAUUGAGAUACAAUAAUGAAUGGGUCACUAUUGUUAAAUAGAUUUAUAAAUAUUUCUAAGAGCAAAUAAUAUUUUCCUUUUUGUUCCACCCGUUUUGUGCUUCUUUUUUUUUUCGUUCUUGCGCGGAGAUUCUUUCGAAAGUUGAGGGAAAAUGAUCCAAGAUCAUUUUAUCCAACGCAGCUUGAUUGUUUAUUAAAGUUAGUAAAUUAUGUUACGUUAAAUUUUCGUGGAGUGUGUAUUUAUAAUUUUUCUAUAUAUUUUAGUUGUAUGAAAACGAAAGUUUCCGUCAAAUAAAUAUAUCUAGUUUUGUAUUAGU